UUCGCAUGCUAAAUAGCAAAAUGGGGUCAUAUCAAAUCCUCGGCCUCCUCUGUUUUCUCUGUCUUACAUUCCUCCCUUCCCUUUGUCUCGCCCCUUUGCCUUCCAGACCAACGCGAUGCCUUACUCCAUUUUAAGGAAUCCUUCGUGCUUGAUAGCAUGGCCUCGGACUCUUGUUAUUUGGAUAAUUCUUCUUAUCCAAAGACAGAGUCAUGGAACAAGAGCGUGGACUGUUGCUCGUGGGACGGUGUGACUUGCGACGAUGUCACCGAUUAUGUCAUCGGUCUCGAUCUUACUUGCAGUUGGCUUCGUGGCGCUCUCCAUUCCAAUAACUCCCUCUUUCUCCUUCACCAUCUUCAGAAUCUCAACCUUUUUGGUAAUAACUUUACUGGCACACACAUUUCGCCAAAUCUCAGUAUAUUUGCAAAAACGACUCAUCUGAAUCUCUCUUGUUCACACUUUUCGGGUACCGUUCCUAGUGAAAUCUCUCAUCUCUCCAAGCUGGUGUCACUUGAUCUCUCUUACUCUUAUAUUUAUGAAUCAAAUGGGCUCUCUUAUCUCGGGUUGGAAGAUCCAAUCUUCACAAUGCUUGCUCAUAAUUUAACAGUAGUGAGAAGGCUUGUUCUUGAUUUUGUAAACAUGUCCACGGUUUCACCAAAGUCCUUUGUGAACUUGUCGUCUUCUCUGACACAUUUUAGUGUUCGUGAUUGUUCCUUAAAAGGGAUAUUCCCAAUUGCUGUUUUUCAGUUCCCGAGCCUUACUACUCUCGAUUUGAGUUUCAAUGAAGAUAUGCUUGGGAUUCUUCCCAAAUCCAAUUGGACUGGUUCUCUUGCGUACUUGUCUCUCUUCUUUACAAGCUUUUCAAGAGAAAUACCUGAUUCAAUUGGCAACAUGAAGAAUUUAACAGUUUUAGUUCUUGAAGUGUGCAAAUUUACAGGACACAUCCCCUCAUCAUUGGGAAAUCUCAAACAACUCCAAUACCUAUAUCUUGGCCGGAGUAACUUUAGCGGGGUUUUAGAGUUUGAAAUCUUUACAAAGCUUAAAAAUCUACAGAGCCUUAGUGUUUCUCAAGAACUAAAUCUAACCUACGAUAGAUUGAGCUAUACGUUCCCUAAGCAUGAAAGGUUGAGGUUGCGUUCUUGCAACUUGACCAAGUUCCCUUAUUUCUUGAAUUCGUUAGAAAAAUUAAUAUACUUAGGCCUCUCUUCAAAUAGGAUUAGUGAGGAGAUCCCAAGGUGGUUCUAG